AGACAUUAAAUUGUUUCUCUUCGACGAGAGGAAACACAAAGAAGACAUGAACAUGCGCUGGACACUUGUCCUGCUCCCCGCUCUCCUGAGCUUAGGGCUGGGAAACCCCGUGCAGCCGGAGGAGACGAUCACCACCCAGGAGGGCUUCGAGCUCCCCAAGCUGUUCGGUAAAUGGUAUGACAUCGCCGUGGCCACCACCUGCAAAUACAUGCAACAUCACAAGAGUAACUUCAACAUGGGAACCAUGGAGCUGAGCGAGGGGGAAACCGGCGGGGACGUCCAGUCCGUGAGCACCAGGAUGCGGCACGGGACGUGCGCCCAGAAGAGCCGCUCGUAUCAGAAGACGGACGUCCCCGGGAAGUUCAUCCACGCCGAUCCCUCAAAAGGAGCGGAGAUGGAGAAUUACGUGGUUUAUACCAACUACGAGGAGUACGCCAUAAUGAUCGUGAGGAGGAUCUGGGGUACAGGCAAGACGGCUACCGUCCUGAAACUGUACGGACGGACCCCCGAGGUACGGCAGAGUCUGGUGGAAGAGUUCAAGCAGUUUGCGUUGGAGCGAGGAAUCCCGCAGGACGCCAUCUUCCUGCUGACAAACAAAGGUGAAUGCGAGCCGGGGGAGAUCGAGGUGACCCGCACGAGGGUCCAGAGAGCGGUGCUGCCGGAGGAGGAGGAGGGAUCCGGGAUGGCGAAUACCCCGGUAUCCAAAAACAAGGGAGAGUCCUGCCUGCUGUCCGCGGAGGCCGGGCCGUGCCACGGGAUGUACACCCGCUACUUCUACAACUCGUCCUCCAUGGCCUGCGAAACCUUCCGAUACGGUGGUUGCCUUGGUAACAACAACAACUUUCACUCGGAGAAACAGUGUCUCCAGACGUGCAGGACGGAAGCUGCCUGCCGCCUGCCAAUCGUCUCCGGCCCCUGCAAGAUGGCAAAGUCCCUGUGGGCCUUCGACCCCGCGGAGGGCAAAUGCGUUCCUUUCCAAUAUGGAGGCUGUAAAGGCAACGGCAACCAAUUUUACACUGAGAAGGAGUGUAAGGAGUACUGCGGGGUACCUGGAGAGGGAGACGAGGAGUUUCUGGAUUGAUCGGUACGGAGACGUUCCAUACACAGAAGGCCCCGCGGCGUCCGCGCAUGGGGGGCAAAUACCCAAACUAUGGGGAAAUUAAAGCAGGGGCCGUGAGCCAGCAUCCCUUGGAGGGGGCAAAUAAAGGGGUUAUUUACAGGGAGAUGCUUUAGGGUAAUAAAAGCUGCCAUGUUACAUAUAUUGGGGUAAAUACAAUGUUUAAAUAAAUAUAUAUAUAUAA